AGCCCGAACCUUUCCAUGACUCUAUGACCUCAUGACUCUAUGACCUCAUGUCUCCAUGGCUCUGUGACCCACUGUGUCCUGGGGGUGGGGUGGGGCCGUUGCCUGGCAACGGGAGCUGUGAUGAAGAGGGGCACGUGCAGCGCAGGCCCCAGUCCUUCGAGGGCCGAGGAAGGAGGAAGGAGCCUUCUGGCGACUGACCCGCUUCCUCAUCGCUUUUGCUAAUACGAUUGAUUAACUGUUUUACUCAGCCAUUUCAUCAACCCUAUUGGUCAUCCCUUUUACCAUCCCUUUUGCUCAUCCCUGGCAGAUCCUGUCUGGGCAGGAAGGCUGUCUUUGCAGACAUGGCAACUCCCUUGGACACUCUCAGCCUCUCCCAGCUGCUGGAUCUCGCCAUCGGGAUGCCCCAGAAUGGAGCCGUCCACUUUGCGGCCAUGAGGAAACUGCUGCAGGCCGUGCUGGGGCACCUGGACGUGCAGUACCUGACAGCCCAGGAGCCGUGGACGGGCGAGCUGAGUGGCCCCUCACUGGCUGAGUUGGCCGCUGAUGUAAAACAAAUGAAACAGGACAUGGAAUCCUAUAAGAAACUCAUAUCUGAGACUGUCUCUCAGGCUCUACACAAGGAGAGUGAUGAGGCCAAAGAUGGGUCAAGGAUCCAGGAAGCGCAGCAUCACAGAGCAGAGGACAUGAAGGUCCAGGAGGUCCAGGACGUCCAGGAGGUCCAGAAGGUCCAGGAGGUCCAGGAGGUCCAGAAGAUCCAGCAGGAGCUUGACCAGGCCAUGGCUGACUGCCAGGAUCUUCGGGAGGAGAUUGGCAUGAUUAAGACAACACAGUCCCACAUGACAGAGAAGAUGAGAGAGAUGCUUUUAUCGAUGAAGAAGAUGGAGGAUGACAUCAGAAAGCUGAGGGCGGAUAUGGCGAAGUGGAAAGAAGAGACCAAUGAGCAGAUCACUCAACUGGAGUAA